UUUCCUCAGGAUUGCGCAUGUUCUUCGUGUGUUGCCGGUUGGCGACUGCAGUGGAAGUCUAGAGAGUUCUGUAGAAAUUUUGCUUUAUAGGGGUUAGCUGUGUUGUAAUAUAGACGCUUACAGAAGCCGGCUUUUGACACAAGAUCACAUAUAAAGGAAGGUAUUGAUUGAGAUUUUACAGACGGGGGAUUAGCAUACAUUACAUUCGUCCUUGCUUUCUUUUGUUAAAAAUCGGUAUAUAUUUUUUAGGACAAAGCGGCAUCUCUCCAUCCUCUUCAUUAUGUCAGUGGUAGGUAUUGAUGUUGGCUUCCACAAUUGCUACAUCGCUGUUGCCCGGAGCGGGGGCAUCGAAACCAUCGCAAAUGAAUACAGCGACAGAUGCACACCCGCGUGUGUAUCUUUGGCAUCCAGAAACCGUACAAUCGGGAAUGCAGCAAAGAGCCAGAUGAUAACCAAUGCAAAGAACACAAUCCAUGGCUUCAAAAAGUUCCACGGCAGAGCAUUCGAUGAUCCCUUUGUGCAGGCGGAGAAGUCGAAGAUCCCAUACAGCCUGCACAAGAUGCCCAAUGGUAGCACUGGAUUUAAGGUGCGAUACCUGGAUGAGGAGAGGCUGUUCACAAUUGAGCAGGUGACAGGAAUGUUGCUGACUAAAUUAAAGGAGACUUCAGAGGGCGCAUUGAAGAAGCCAGUGGUAGAUUGUGUCAUUUCUGUUCCCAGUUUCUUUACGGAUGCUGAGAGGAGAUCUGUGAUUGAUGCCUCUCAGAUUGCUGGUCUGAACUGUCUGCGCCUGAUAAAUGACACUACUGCAGUGGCUCUUGCUUAUGGAAUAUAUAAGCAGGAUCUUCCUACCUCCGAGGAGAAGCCCAGGAACGUGGUGUUUGUAGAUAUGGGACACUCUGCCUACCAGGUUUCCAUCGCUUCCUUUAACAAGGGAAAACUGAAGGUUCUUGCCACUGCUUUCGACUCUUACCUGGGAGGCAGAAACUUUGAUGAAGUCUUAGUGGAUUAUUUCUGCGAGGAGUUCAAGAAGAAGUAUAAGCUGAAUGUAAAGGAGAAUGUGCGGGCAAUGAUCCGUCUCACUCAAGAGUGCGAGAAGCUGAAAAAGCUGAUGAGUGCAAAUUCUUCUGACCUCCCGCUGAAUAUCGAGUGCUUCAUGAAUGACAUUGAUGUGUCAGGGAAAAUGAACAGGACUCAUUUUGAAGAACUCUGCGCUCACUAUUUAGCAAGAAUAGAAGCACCUUUGAGAUCUGUGGUGGAACAAGCUAAACUUACACGUGAGGAUGUCUAUGCUGUUGAGAUAGUAGGAGGAGCUACGAGGAUCCCGGCAGUCAAGGAAAGGAUCGCCAAGUUUUUCGGGAAAGACAUCAGCACCACACUAAAUGCUGAUGAGGCUGUAGCAAGAGGGUGUGCUUUACAGUGUGCUAUCCUUUCACCAGCAUUUAAAGUGCGUGAGUUUUCAAUCACAGAUGCAGUUCCUUACCCCAUCACACUCAAAUGGAAAUCGAGCUCCGAUGAAAGUGUUGGGGAGUGUGAGGUUUUUAGCAAAAAUCACCCAGCCCCAUUCUCCAAGGUCAUUACCUUCCACAAGAAGGAACCGUUUGAUUUGGAAGCCUAUUACAGCAACCCACAAGAUCUGCCAUACCCUGAUACAAGAAUAGGCCGCUUUGGUGUGCAGAGUGUGGUCCCGCAGCCUGAUGGUGAGAGCUCCAAGGUGAAGGUGAAGGUGCGGGUCAACGUCCACGGCAUCUUCAGCGUCUCCAGCGCCUCCCUCAUCGAGAAGCAGAAGGGGGAGGGCGAGGAAGUCGCCAUGGAAACCGAGCCAACCGUUCAGAACGAGACCAAGGAAGAGCAGCAGCACCCCUUUCUCAUUGAAGACGACAUCUAUGACUAUGAGGAGGAGAAUAAAAUGCAUGUUGACCAUGAAGAUGCACAGCAGAAGGAACAAGCUGACUUGCCAAACCAGACUGGAGAGGAGGGGGCCAGUCCAGGAUCUGAAUCCAAGGAGAGUGGAGAUACAGCAGAACAGCCUGCCGGUUCUGCUAAACCCAAGGUGAAGGUGAAGAGUAUUGAUCUGCCCAUACAUGCCACCACCAUCAGACAGCUGGAACGAGACAUGCUCAACAGCUUUGUAGAAAAUGAGGGGAAGAUGAUUGUACAGGACAGACUGGAGAAGGAGCGGAUCGAUGCCAAGAAUGCUGUGGAAGAAUACGUGUACGAUCUUCGAGACAAGCUGUGCAGCAUCUAUGAAAAACUUGUCAGUGAAGACGAUAGCAGCAAACUUUCCCUCAUGCUGGAGGACACAGAAAACUGGCUUUAUGAAGAUGGGGAGGACCAACCCAAACAAGUAUACGUGGAUAAACUGGCUGAACUGAAGAAAUACGGCCAACCCAUUCAGGAGAGGCACAGGGAACAUGAAGAGAGACCAAAGGCGUUCGAUGAACUUGGAAAAAAGAUCCAGCUCUUUAUGAAGGCUGUGGAAGCUUAUAAAAGAAAGGAUGAAAGAUAUGACCAUGUGGAAGCUGCUGAGAUGGUGAAGGUGGAAAAGUGUGUCGGUGAGACGAUGGUCUGGAUGAACAGUAAGAUGAAUGCACAAAGCAAGCUGAGUGUUGCCCAGGACCCAGUCGUGAAAGUGUCGGAGAUACUUGUAAAAACCCAGGAACUGGACAGUACCUGCAAUCCUGUCAUCAACAAGCCAAAGCCCAAGGUGGAGCCCCCAGCCGAGGAGAAGGACAUGGCAGAUGGGGCUCAUAACGGCCCUGUGAACGGACAGAGUGGGGGGGAGGCAGCCAGCGAGAACGCCCAGCAGACGAAGCCCCCCACAGGAGAGAUGGAAGUAGACUGAAGCUGAACUUCAAACCCCUUCAGAAUAUUCCAUCAUCGCAAUAUCGCACUAUAGGUUUCAUGUUAGUGUUAGACCUGGUUUACAAGACAUGUAUGUGGGUUGUAUCAGUUGUCUUUUUAUAGUUUCUGAUUCUGUUUAAUUUGUGUUUUUUGCUUCUUUCUUUCAAUUUGAAUAAGUUAUUAAUUGCCGUCAUACAGUAUGAGGUGCUUUUGAGAUGUGGUAUCAUGGCCCUGCCAGUGUUUUCAAAGUGAGGCAUUUUCAGUGUGCUUUAUCAAAAAAAAAUAAUAUAUAUAUAUCUGCUUCUCAGAACGAUUUGAGAUUGUAGAGAACCUUAUUGGCUUAUAAUGCACUACUGUGCUGAACAAUUUUAGUUUAGUUUUUAACUUUUAUUUCAAUAGACAUUUUGUUGCUUGCAAUGACUUUCAUACUAAAAACACAAAUAAAGCACCAACAGGAAAAGAACAAAGUGUGUGCAUACUUUGGUGUCAUUUGGUCAAGUUUCCACCUGCAUCGUGUUUAUUUCAGUGAGGUCCCGCGAAUCCCCUUCCGACUAGUACCAAUACGGUCCUUUUGACUUAAUUAAAAAAAUUUUUUUUGCAUAUUUCAAGUUGCUCCAGUGAAAAGUAGAAACCGUUUUUUUGUGUUUUUUUUAGUUAAUAGUAAACAAAUGUUUCAGCUCAUGCCAGUGUACGUUUUCAGUUUUUUAAUCCAGUAUUACCCCAGUCUUGGGACCAUGCCUGGCUAAGUGGGCUCAUCUACUUCCUAGAAUAGUAACUGUUGGAUUCUGAUGACUUUUUGAGCAACACCAGCACUCCCUUUAGGUUUGAUCUAAUUUCUGAUUAUUUUUGUUUGUUUUGUUUCUGUGUAAGUUUCUGAUUUUUGUUCAAUUUUCCAUAGUGUUUUCUGUCAUAAGAUACUCCAGCUGCAACACCUGAAUUACGCAGUACAGAUUGCAUUCAAAUCUUUCCAUUAGUUUAUUUAUUUUUAUUUAUUUAUUUUAUUGGUUAAUGGGCCUUGCUACUUAAGAGAGAACUACCAUUAGUUGGUUUUAAUAAGCUGUCCUUCUGCAAGUUGUGUUAGCGACUACAGUAGUACAUUAGAAAUGCCAUUAACUGAAUUAUUAUUCAACAGAGAUGGCCUAGGCUUCCUUUAGACAUUGUUCCUCAUUUUUUCCAAUGGAUUUGACUUCUACUUAUUAACACCAGGAACUGUAUUGAUGCAUUGCACUGGAACUCCAAUUUAUUAGAGGAAUCAUGAUGAAAAUUAGCUAUAAAUCAAUUUAAUAUGUAAAUACUCUGUGAAUGGGAGGGAAAAGACCAACUAAAAGGGUUUUCUUAUUGUUAUUCAGAUACAGUAAAAAGUGUGCAGUGAAAAAAAGCAGUAUUCAUAUGACAAUAAUGAAACAGAUUUAUGCUUUUAGACAUCACAAACCCAUCUUUUUAGCUGCUACCUAUAUACAAGAAUAUAUUAGUUGGUUAUGUUAUUUAUUUUAAUUUGUAAAUUGGCCUUUGUACUAAAAUAUUCAUAGCAGUAAAAUGUCAAUAAAGCAAGAAUUUAUCCCCAGAAAUAUUUAUAAAGUGCACAAAUAGUUAAAUAUGAGAUUGUACCAUUAUAUUUUCCAUCUUUCUGAGGGAAAUUACAGCAAUGGCCAGCAAGUCAUUGUUCUGCCCAAUUAGCCUUAUUAACAUCUAUCCUUUGGCAUCUGUUGAAAUAUUGGACUGGAUUUGCCCCUUUGUUUCAGUUAAAGCUCAAGGGACAGGCAAUAUGACAAUAAAUGUAAUUUAAGAGUAAAACAAAAAUAUGAAACGGGUGCAAUUAUCUCAUCAUUUCAGUUCAGAGGAACAUAGGUCUUGUUUGUUCCUGCAAGUGGGGUUUGAAACACUGUAAAGUUUAAAAUCUGUGAUGAUGCUAUGCACUCUUGUGUGUGCACUGGCAGUACAAUUUUCUGUUUUUUCAUUUAAUACAUUUUGAAAACUGCAAAAAGAGGGAAUUCUGCUAGUAAACAUGGUCUAGCAUAGAGAAAAUAAAUAAUUCUUAAGUUUCAAACUCAAAAUUAGAAACCAGAUUGGGAAGGAAGGCUGCAUGUUGAAUUGUUUGCACUAAACUGUAGGUGGACUGACAUAACUGUUUUAGACUUUGAGUAAAGCAAAUACUUUGUAUGUUCAAUAUGGCUGUCAUAAGCAGAAUACAGUGUCUUGUGUGGCAAGUAAGUAAGAAUGGACCAUCAAAUUUGGUUCAGGGAAUGUGCAAAGAUGUAUUCACAUUUCUUUUGUUGCUACAUUAUUGUUAAUUGCAUUUGUAAGGCCGAUCAGCUGUCUGAUCGAGGCUGCUAUGGUGAGGGUUAUUUUGUCAGUUUGUCUGAUUUUUAUGCAAACCAAGUGUGUGUGUGUGUAUAGCUGCAAAUACAGUGCUGUGUUAAUUUUAGACCAGGAGACAGCUUUGUGUGUAGCUUCAAUGUGCACUGAUUAGUACUCAACUGGUUAUAAUCUGACAGCUUCUGUUAUUAUUUUGUUGGAAGCUGUAACAGAACUGCCUGGACCACUUUGAAAACUGUUAGUGUAAAAACGUUAGAUCCAUCGUGUCUGGCACAGUAUUUGUGAAUUAAGAAACUGAGAGGUUUGCAAAAGCCCUUGUACUCUGUAUCAAGGAAAAGUGUGAUGCUGGAAGAAUCAGUCAUUAAGAUUUUUAAAGAUUAAACCAAAGGGUUUCCAUUAACUUUCACUCCUCGCUUCUAGUUUGCAAGUCAAAUGAAAGGAUUUAAGAAAUUGGAAGCACCAAAUCACAUUCCAAUAUAUUAAUUCUCAACAUUCAUAUACAACACAAUAUGGACUUGAAGGUGUGGCCUUCAUACUGGUUUGGUUCCCAGGCUUUUCCUGGUCUUGUCUUCACUUUAAACAACCCCCCUCUCUCCAGUGUUAAUGGAAGCCCUAAUUUGGACAUUUUCUGUCUUGAUGCAGAGUUCCAGUUGUUUGACAUGUCUAUAACAGGCACCUUCUGUCUUUUCAGCUUUAAGCAAUAGUGAAAUACAGUUCAUCAUCUUCCAUAGCAGCUGUGUAAUUAUUCAAUACCAAAAAUAGGUAUUAAAUAUUACAAAAAACAAA